AUCCAAAAACUGGAUAGAAUCUAUUGUUGCCUCUCGCAGUGAAUCUCUCAGGAAAUUUUGGAGCUCUCCGCCUCUCGAAUCGUGCCGUAUCUCUAAAGACCUUCAGUGCCGAGUUCUGACUUUGGCCGGACCUCUCCAAUCAAUGACCUCAAUGUCUCAAUAUAAUUAGAAUUUUCAUGAAUGAGCGCGUAGCCUAGUUGUGUGUAAGCCACUGGAUCAUUAGCAUUAGCAUUAGUCGAAGCUCGGCAUUUCCCAAAACAUGAUCCACUGGCGACUACUUUCCGCCCUGCUGCUGGGCCUGGCUAUAGCUUUACCGUUACCAGUCGACGGAGAGCUCUCGGCCAGAUCGCAAGUCAGUGUCUCGAAUCACCGCUUCGGCCUACGUCUAACUACCAAGUUGGGACUAACCCAGCCGGAUGCCAAUGUGGUGGUUUCCCCCUUGCUGAUUCAGGCGGCUCUCAGCCUGCUGUAUUCGAAGAGUUCCUUGGGACUCGAUAGCCCACUCCGCCAGGCUCUGGAGCUGACCAACGCCAGUCACCCGAAGCUGGCGGUGCAGGACUUCGAGACGCUAUUAUCGGACCUUAAGCAGUCGGCAGCUAUUGGUUGUCGCUUGAGAUUGCUGAGUGACCUCUACGCCCAGCAGCGCUUCACCUUCAACUUCCGCGAUGAAUUCGAGUCGUCGGCCGCCCGCUUGGGAGUCGGUUGCCACCGUUUGUCCUGGGAAAGUGCGUCGAACGCGGCCCAGGACAUCAACUACGCCUUUCUUAGCCGCAGCAACUUUAGCCUGGGGGAGCUCGUCAGUGCCCCCCAACUGGAGUCCUUGGCCGAGCACAACACGCCCUUCUUACACGUCUCGGGAGUCACCUUCCGCGCACCUUGGUCUUGGGCCAUCGAUCCCACCGAGACGCAGAGCAUAAACUUCUUCUCCGGGGGAAAACGCGCCCGGCUAGUGGAUGCCAUGUUUGGACAGCACCGCUACAGGUACGCCGAAGUACCCGCUCUGGACGCCCAGCUCAUAGAGGUGCCCUUCGCCACUGCGGACCUGAGAAUGCUCAUUGUGUUCCCAAAUCGGGCGGAUGGCUUGGCGCAGCUGGAGAGGAAGCUUGCACAGUCCGAUCUGCACCAGCUAAGGUCCCAGCUGGAGGAGCGCAAGGUGGCCCUUACCCUGCCGAAGCUCAGAGUGCUCGUCCAGUCCGACCUGAAGCGGGUGCUCGAGGAGCUGGGACUGGGGAAACUAUUCACAUCGGAGGUCCAGCUGAGCGAGGUGUUCAGCUCCAUCCUGGCCAGUUCGGCUCCACCCCUGGGAGCAGUGGUGCAGAGUGGCCUCCUGGAGCUGCAGGAGGAAGGCGGCAACGCCGAAGACUCGUUCUCCUUCGGGGAUCUGUUCCGACGAGCCCUGCCCCUGGUCAUCAAUCACCCAUUCUUCUACGCCAUCGGCAAUGACAAAGCCCUGCUGCUGUCCGGCCACAUCGUCGACAUCUGAGUCGCUCUCUCUAGGCAUAUAUAAUUCUCUAUUUCAAUGCUAGCCCAAGCCAGGUUAUCGCCUUAUCAGCCGCACUAAUAAACAGAAUCACCCGUGGCCAGCCAAAGGUGACAAAUGAUUUGUAAACAGA